UAAACGAUUAAACGUCAAUCUGACUGACGUUUUAAUUUUCGCGAAAGCGAAUUAGUGACUGAUUUUAAAAGUGAAUGCUAAUUUUUACAAUUAUCGAAAAUCAAAGUUUAAAAUUAAAAACAUUACAUGAAAUUCUGUGUGCAAAUCAUGUUAUUAACCUCUCCCUUUAUAUUGUGAAUAUAUCGUGAAUUCAUGUAACCAAGAGAAUGGCUUUGGCAGAGGUUUAAAAAUUCCAUGCUACACGUAACACCACCGUUAAUAAGAAAAGAUGGUGGCAAAAUAGUUUAUGCCAUGUGAUGGGCCGAGGUGAUGUCAUGUCAGAGACCCAAUUAAUGGACACCAGUUGCCUGAAUGAAGGCAGGAUGGCUGUUCCGGUCAGCGUCAAUAGCCUCGAGCAGCACUGGCGGGAGUUUGCAUGCGGGGGAGGGGCUGCCUUUUGCAAUAUUCUCAUUAGCUAUCCUCUGAACAAACUGAUAUUUAGACAGAUGAUGCAUGGAGUGGAAGCAACCUUUGCUUUGCACCAACUACAGAAAGAAGGUAUGGGAUACCUGUACCGUGGCAUGCUCCCACCUUUACUGCAGAGGUCUAUGUCAAUGUCCCUUAUGUUUGGAGUGUACGAUGAAUGCCUACAACCAUUAUUACAGUACAAAAUUAAUCCUUAUGUCGCCAAAUCAGUCGCUGGAAUAGUGGCCGGUUGUGUUGAAGCAACGCUGAUGCCAUUCGAAAGAUUGCAAACACUGCUCAUACACCCCAAAUAUCAUAAUCAAUUUAAAAAUACAGCCCACGCCUCAACCCACAUUGCUAGAUACUAUGGAAUAAAAGAGUUUUACAGAGGACUAGUGCCUAUACUGUUAAGGAAUGGACCGUCUAAUGCCAUGUUCUUCAUAAUUAGAGACGAAGUGCGCAUACGUUUGCCUAAACAAGAGAACUUGCUUUAUGAGAGCAUACAAAAUUUUAUUGCAGGUGCAUCUAUCGGUGCUUUUCUGAGCACACUUUUUUACCCUUUAAACGUCAUAAAGAUUGCAAUGCAAUGUGAACUCGGAGGGCCUCACAGAACACUUCUAUACAAAUUUAAUUAUAUUCUCAGGAAAAGAGGAUCCAAGUUUGCAAACUUCCAUGAACUGGUAACAGACACGAAGCGACCGCACUUUCGUCACGACUAUCGUUACGAACAGGCCUUCCACGCGUUCUACAAGCUUCACCCCGAAGCGGUUGACUGGCACCAGUCCCGGAUCCGCUGUGAGGCGGAGGGGACUGAGCUAUUCGUUCCGGACGACCUGGACGAAGUCGACAGUAUCCGUCUACUCAUCGUUCCUAUACUGACGAAGUAUGAAGGAGUUUACGUGGGUAUACACGACUUGUAUUCGGAAAGAACAUUUAUUACAAUAAAAGGAAACAAUCUGCAAGAUACAAUCUUAGAAUUGCUAUGGGAACUGAAGCAGCCUCAACACGGCGGCGGGCGAUGUGUGGCGAUGCGCAGAAAUGGAAAGCUUUUUGUGAACCCAUGUUUAGACACUCUACCGUUCGCGUGCAAAAUAAAAGCUUCUAAAAUUGUUUACUAUCCUGACUGUGAUACUUUUGAUUCACGUUGGAAGCUAGGUCCUAACAACACGUGCUACCUCUCACACAUAGAGCCUCAGACGUGGAUGGUCGCACACUCCACCUGCUACUCAGCAGGCGGGUACCUCGCCAUCUUGAACAGGCGUGGGGAAGUUGAUUACAUUCGAGAAGUGUUCAAGCAGAUAGAUCAACACAAAUCGCGUACUGACUUCGCCUUCCUUGGGUUCACUGAUCUAUUCCAACGAUACCACUAUCGGACUCUGUUUGGAGAUCCGUUACCGAAAAAUGAAAUCAGCUGGGAUUUCAAGUGUCCGGGCAAUUUUACGAAGUUGGAAGAUCGUUGCGGUGGCAUACGAAGAAGCGGUCUACUCGCCACCAGGGACUGCAACGUUCCUUCCAUGUUCUUCUGCGAGAAACCAGCCAACGGCUCGUCCAAGACUAACAGACGACACGACCCGACUAAAUAUCGUACACAUAGUAAUACUAUGGUCAACGCUGAAGAGAGUAUGCUAGACGAAUAUACGACUACUUAAUUGAUACUCGUAAAU